GCCUGCCCGAUCAAUCAUGGCCCAGGAACUCUCGAGGCCCCGCGUGUCAGGGAACUUGCUGAUGACGCGCACGCCGCCUUUCUCCAACAUGCUGCACGACCCCGCGAUCAGCACCUUUCCCCGCGCUUGCGCCACCGUCUUCCCGACUCUCCCUCCACUGCCGUGCUUGCUGUACGACUCACUAACGACCUACCGACCUACCGUCUGCACCGCGCCAGCCGCUCGCCAUGGCCGCCACUCCCGCCGCCGCCGAUACCACCACCAUGUACCCGCUCCACAUCGCCAGCGUCGCAUACGACGCCGCGUCGCGGCUCAACACGCUAGACAUCUGCCUCCCACGGCCAGUAGAGCAGAGCGCGCCCUCCGCAGUCUGGGUCAUCUACAUCCACGGCGGCGCCUGGCGCGACCCCCUCAUCACCUCCGCCAGCUUCACCCCCACGCUCACGCACCUCCUCCAGCACCCCGUCCACAGCGCCCUUAUCGCCGGCACCGCGUCCGUGAACUACAGACUCAGUGCCUACAGCACGCACGGGACGCACCCCAGCGCGCCUGGCGAUUUCGCGCGAAACGCGUCGCACCCGGCCCAUGUGAGCGACGUGCGUGCGGCGUUGCGGUGGUUGCGGGGAAAAUACGGCGUCGGUGUGCACAGGCGGUUCGUGCUGGUCGGGCAUAGCUGCGGCGCGACGCUGGGGGCGCAGGUAGUUUUUGAUGACGAGGAAGAAGAGGAGGGAGAUGAGGUGGGGCGCCCUGUCGCGCUGGUGGGCGUGGCGGGGAUUUAUGACCUCCUGGGCUUGGUGCACAGGCAUGAGGGCGUGCCUGCGUAUCGUGAGUUUGUGGAAGCGGCGUUUGGCGCUGAGGAGGGGGCGUGGCGGGAGGCGAGUCCGGUGGAGAUGGCGGGAACGGGAUCGCCGCUAAGGGUCGUGGUGCUGGCGCAUAAGCUGCAGGGCGGGCACGACGAGCUCUGGGAGCGAGGAGUAGAGGUGGCGAGGGCGGUGGGCGUGGCGCUGGAGCGGGUUGUUACGUAGAUAGGUAGGGACAUGGAUAACGAGGCAGAGUGACGCGCUGUUCGAUGACACUGGACUGCCUGAGAGGGAGCGAGGGCCUUGUCGAUUUGGCCGAUCUCGCGUUGUGGAAUGCAGCCAACAUGCCAUUUCUUCUUCCGUUUAGACAACAACAACAACACCGCCUACACCCAUGCACUCAAGCGAGCAAUCUCACGGCCCUUAACCCCCUCCCCUCAAACCCAUCAAGAGCAGCCGGUGUCAUCAGCAAGACCAUAUCC